CGGGAGAUGAAUUUUCCCUUAACAGUUAACGAGCUUCGGCUUCCUUUCCCGGGUUAUCUUGGCAAAUGCAGCAGCUCUUCCUCGCUUUGGGCUUACAAGUAGUGUUGCCACCUGAAGGAUUGCUGUCCCAGCGGUCGCAACUGCUUAUGCGCAUCUCACCAACGCCCUGCUGUUUGCGGAUAUGCAACCUUCAUCCAAAACGAUUUGGGCCUUUGUUUUCUCGUCGUUUCUUUUUCUUUUCUCUCCUCGGACUGCUUUGUAACAGUAGCCGAUUCUGACCUGAUGCUUACUGAACCUCCUACAGAGUGC